AUACGAAUUUUAGGGAACAUUUAUAUUAAUUAUAUCUACAAUAACAACGAUUACAAUUUGUAGUCAUGCCUUGCGGGAAACGGCCCCUCAUUAAGAACUGGGACAAGCCGCGGAACAUAAGGGUCAUAACUCCGUCUCGCUACGAGCAAAACGAGGCCUCCGUCAAGCAACAUUGGAAGAAAGUCAUUCGCGACUUGGAGUUGUCUUACAAGGAUGACGCGUUUUGGGAAUCGCAGUGCGAUACUGUCCGCGAGCUGGUGGGCCCGGUCAUCUUCCACCGGAUCGCGAAGAUUUUCAACUUGCCGCUGGAAGCCUCCAAGUAUGAUCCCCAGUCGGACAUCACGUCGCUUGUACCAUCUGAGCAGUUUUACAAAGCAAUGUCCACCUCACAGAUACAAACUCGACAAACGUAUUCCAUGAGCGACUUCGAGUUCUCAGUGGAAGAGGAACAAGACCUUCAAGAGGAGCAAUCGGACCAAUGGAGCGUUUCAUCUGUCGCCGAGAGCACUGAGCUCAGAAAAGCCUCCCGUUCCAAAUCUGCAAUGAAAGCUGCAAAGUCGAAGUCAUUUUCAAGAAUGUUUUCAAAGUCGUUUUCUAAGUUUGUCAUGAGCAAGACAUUGCAAAAUACCCACUCCAGUAGAUUAAGAGCGUCGGAGGCGUCUACUAUGGAUGAGUCCGCAGACACUGACGAUGACAUAGAAGUACAUGCUAGAAGCAGGAAGGUGUCGCGCACAAUUCACAGGCGUGUGAAAAAUCCACAUUUCGACAUGCUAUAUUGCAAUGAGUCUGAAACCGAUAUGAUUAAAUGGAAGUCCAAAUAUAAGCAAAAGGCUUUCGAAGUUUCGGCAUCAGAUGAAUUCAGUAAGAAAGCUGAAAUCAUGACUAAGAAGAUAUCAAAAGAAUUUUAUGACUGGUGGGUUGGAUUAGGUAAUGUAGAAUUCAAAAGUGAAAUCAAGCGUCCAGAAGAUAUCGAGGAUCUCUUCCAGGUUUGGUUCGAUGAACAUGCUUCUCGCGGUCUUGUGUUAGAUCCCAGGAUUCUGCCUUGUGUGCUACAAAGCAUUGCGAACUAUGUCGGAGUGCCGAGGGCCUCGUGCCCAAGAGUGCUCAAGAGGCAGAUCGCGUACGACAUCCACGCCGAGACGAGCCCGGCGCACGUCAUGGCAUUCGGCACCGGCUUGCCGCAGAGGAUGAAGCACAUCCCGCCCAAGAACAACACCGAGAAGAUGUGGCACUGCGUCCAGAUCCCCGAGGACUUGAAGACGAUGGCGUGCGUGUGGGACGAUAUACAACAUUUGACGUCAACAAAGGCAUUCCACAAGUGGCUGCAGCAGAGACCACACCUGCCGAUGCCGCCGUGUCUGAAAGCGCUGGAUGCCGCCGGGGACAAGAAACAGCUGUUCGUCGUGCCCUCCGAUUACGUGGUCAAAGAUAAGAGCGCCUCCUCUUCAGCGCAAGAACUGGCCCUCCCAGUCUCGCAGUUCGAUCUCGAGCUGAAAGAAGUGCUCAGCAAACUAUUAAACCAAUAGACUGUAUACCGACAAAUUUUCAAUCGGCAAUUAUUUUUUAUCUUUUAUCUUGAUUCCUUAACUUCGUUCAUAUAUUAAUAAAAAAAAAAUACAGAUAAGUUGAGUGCCGUUUUAGUUGUCAA